CCGGCUCCGCCCAGAGUGGCAGCAGCAGCCGCGGCCGCCACCGGAGCCCCGCGCGCUCUCCCCGACAUGGGGGGCCUCCUGGCGCUGCUGGCCGCCGCGCUCUGCCUGCGCGCCCGCGCCGACUUCGACGGGCGGUGGCCCCGGCAGAUCGUGUCCUCGGUCGGCCUGUGUCGUUACGGGGGCCGGAUCGACUGCUGCUGGGGCUGGGCCCGCCAGUCCUGGGGACAGUGUCAGCCGGUGUGCCACCCCCAGUGCAAGCACGGUGACUGCGUCGGCCCCAACAAGUGCAAGUGUCACCCUGGAUAUGCCGGCAAGACCUGCAGUCAAGAUGAGCGCUUGUUCCCAACUCCUCUUGACCAAGUCCGCGAGCAGCCUCCCUACCAACCCCCGGAUCUUCAGGCCACCAGUGUACCGGAAAGGGAUCUCAACGAGUGUGGGCUGAAGCCGCGACCCUGCAAGCACCGAUGCAUGAACACCUUCGGCAGCUUCAAGUGCUACUGCCUCAACGGCUACAUGCUGAUGCCCGACGGCUCCUGCUCGAGUGCCCUCUCCUGUUCCAUGGCCAACUGCCAGUACGGCUGCGAUGUGGUCAAGGGGCAGGUGCGGUGCCAGUGCCCCUCACCCGGCCUGCAGCUGGCGCCCGACGGCAGGACCUGUGUGGACGUGGACGAGUGUGUGACCGGGGCCGCAUCCUGCCCGAGGUUCCGGCAGUGCGUGAACACGUUCGGGAGCUACAUCUGCAAGUGUCACGAGGGCUUCGACCUCAUGUACAUCGGGGGCAAAUACCAGUGUCAUGACAUAGACGAGUGCUCCCAGGGGCAGCCUCCGUGCAGCAGUUUUGCCUGGUGUCACAACACGCACGGCUCCUACCGGUGCCAGUGUAAGGAAGGCUACAAGGGCGAUGGCCGGACCUGCGUGUAUGUCCCGAAGGUCAUGGUCGAGCCUCCAGUUCAUGUACCCGAGAGCAACGCAAGCAUCCCCAGGGAGGACGGGGGGUUCAGUAAUCGGAUUCCUGAUGUGGGGGCCACUCAGGGACCCCCUGAGACACCCUAUGUUCCUCCCGUCACCACCAGCAGCCCCACUGCCGCGCCAACCGCCAGACCAACACCAGCGCCAACCCCGUGGCAUCCCCCGCCCCCACCCCCCGAACCCAGAACUCCCCCUCCACCCCCACCCCCCACCCCCAGGCCCACAGCCGCAUGGACGACGGCGGCCCCUGCCACAACACCUUCCCCAUGGGCCACGGUGGACAACAGGAUCCAGACAGACCCGCAGAAGCCGCGGGGAGACGUGUUCAUUCCCCGGCAGCCGUCCAAUGACCUGUUUGAAAUCUUUGAAAUCGAGAGAGGAAUCAGCGCAGACGAGGAGGCCAAGGACGACCCAGGUGUCUUGGUUCACAGCUGUGAUUUUGACCAUGGGCUCUGCGGCUGGAUCCGGGAGAAGGACAGUGACUCCCACUGGGAACUGAUGCGAGACCCCGCAGGUGGUCAGUACCUGGCCGUGUCUGCAGCCAAGGGCCCGGGGAGCAGGGCGGCACGCCUGGUGCUCCCACUCGGUCGCCUGCGGCCUGGGGCGGCCCUGUGCCUGUCCUUCCGGCACAGGGUGGCUGGCUCGCCCCCUGGCAGCCUCCAGGUGUUCGUGAGGAAGCACGGGGGCUCCGGAACCUCCGUGUGGGGCCGAGCCGGAGGCCGCGGCUGGAGGCACACACGGGUCACCUUGCGAGGGGCCGACGUCAAGAGUGUCAUCUUCAGAGGCGAGAGGAGGCGCGGCCACGCCGGGGAGGUGGCCCUGGAUGACGUGGCCCUCAGCAGGGGCCCCUGCGCCGAGGCCCGAGGGCGGCAUCACAUGUAGCCGGAUGCCCUGUGGCCCUUCCUCUCCCCGCCUUUGCACCCAGCCCCAAGCGGGCCUGAAGGGGCCGGGCAAGGAGGGGGGAGGCUGGGCGGUACCCCCAGAUUGGC